AUGUAUAUAGUCAAUGUGAUUGCAAAUGGCGUCGUCUUACGAUCCAGGUACUAUAUAAAAGAAAAUCCAAAUGUAAAGUGAGUUCAGUACUGUAUCCAAUUCACUAUCAUGAAUCGAAAUAGUUUCUAUUUUUUCGUUAGCUGGCUUAUUUUGUUACUAGUUGUACAAUUAACUUUUGCAAAACCAAACACUUCAGGAAAAGUCAACAUUGAAGAUUUUGAAAAUUACUUAAAUGAAAUCCAUGUUGAUGACGAAGCGGCCGAAGAUAAGACCCGUAACGCUGUGAAUUCGCCGUUACAACGCUGGCCAAGCAAUUUGCUACACUACACUAUCUCCACAGAUUACAGCAAGGAGGAAGUUGAUAAUGUCCAUGCAGCCUUACUGGUAUUUAAUGAAAGUACAUGUCUAAGAUUUAGAGAGUAUGAUGUUCGUCAAAAUGGAAAUUUAAAAUACAUUAAUUAUAAGAAAUCUUUGGACUUGUGUGGUACAAGAGUCGGAUUUAACCCUCUAACUCCAACGGGACCUCACGACGUGAUCCUAAAUUCCUACUGUUUAAGUGAACGUGGUGUUAUACAACAUGAAACCUUGCAUGCUCUUGGACUCUACCAUGAACAGAGUCGUCCAGAUCGCAAUAAAUACGUGAAAAUUGAAUAUUCCAAUAUUCCUCAAAAGUAUUGGUCACAGUUUAUCGCCUACCCCGAAAUAUACACUAGUACUUACAAUGUAUUGUACGACUAUGAAAGCCUGAUGCAUUACUCGGAGUUUGCUUUUUCAAAGGACCGUACAAAACCAUCGAUACGUGCAAGAAGUGGCAAUACAGUAAUAGAUCGUAAAAUGGGACAAAUAGUCGGUCCCUCAGAAGGGGAUUUGAAAAAAAUUAAUAUCAUGUACAAAUGUAAACCAUUGAAGUAAGAAAAUGGCGCAUUUGUGAAAUGACGAAUUCAAAAGAAAAUAUUUUUGUUUUUGUUUUGUAAAAGCUGUAUGUAUACAUACAUACGGACGUAUAUACAUAUAUGAAUACAAGUUUUUUCAGGAGCAAGAAAACCCGUCUUAGUAAUGCAGAAAAGAGUAAUUCUUUUGGAUUUUUWUUUUUGGUGUUAGAAUUUUGCAAGUGUUUAAUACAUACAUAUAUACAUACAUAUAUUGUUACGUACAUGUAUAGAUAAUGAAAAAU